GCUGAAUGUUGAUAAAGGCUUUGAAUUAUUUCAUUUUAAUCUCAUUUUGUGUCUGGAUUUAAGUGACUUAAGAUGAGAUCCAUCAAAUUAUCAACUUUAGGCCUUCAAAUGUUCCUUAUCGCAGCUAUUUUUGCUGUCUUAACCCAACCAAGUCUUCAAAACUCAAUAAAUUGUGACUUUAACAAGCAAACUGAAGAAGAAAUCCUCUGCAUCAUCAACAAGACGGCAAUAUCACAUCCAGAUACAAAAAUAGAGCAUAACCAUGUCGAUAAAUUGAAUGUCUUGAAGAUAUUUGGCACAUCAAUCGAAUAUUUGCCACUGUUCCUCAAUAAAAAUGAACUAAGAAUAAUUGAUGGAUAUGACAACAACUUUGAGCACUUGGAUGAGACAACUUUUGAUGGACUUAAGCUUGAAAGUCUAAAUUUACAGCAAUCUGGAAGCUGUUCAUUGUACAAAUAUCAACUCACUGAAAGACAAGAGAUCAUGAACAUGGAUGAGGUCAAAGAAGACAUUCGGGAUGACUGCAAAGGAACUGACUUUAAAAUUUAUGAAAUUCAUGCAAGAACGAUGGAAAUUGUUGAAAAGUUUGGUGAUAAAAUGUAG